AUGCGGCGCGGCGGCGGCGGCGGGAACGGCAGCGAGGGCGAGCCCGAGUGGCCGUGGCCGUGGCCGCCCUGCGACGAGCGGCUGUGCCUGGCGCUGCCCAUGUGGGUGCUCGUUCCCAUCACGGCCGUCUGCCUGGGGCUCUUCGUUGUCGGCGUGGCGGGCAAUGUCCUCACGGUGCUGGUCAUCCGCAGCUACCGCGACAUGAAGACCACCACCAACCUCUACCUGGGCAGCAUGGCCGUCUCGGACCUGCUCAUUCUCAUGGGGCUGCCCUUCGACCUCUACCGCCUCUGGCGCUCCCGACCCUGGAUCUUCGGGCAGCUGCUGUGCCGCCUCUCGCACUACCUAAGCGAAGGCUGCACCUACUGCACCAUCCUCCACAUCACCGCCCUCACCGUGGAGCGCUACCUCGCCAUCUGCUUCCCCCUCAAGGCCAAGGUGGUCGUCACCAAGCGCCGGGUGAAAGCCACCAUCGGCGUCCUUUGGGCCUUCGCCUUGCUCUCUGCCAGCCCCUUCUUCUUCCUGGUGGGCGUGGAGCAGCCCGACAACCACACUGACUUCAGCCGCGAGUGCAAGCCCACCCCGCAGGCGCUGCAGUCCGGCCUGCUGGCCACCAUGUUCUGGGUCACCACCUGCUACUUCGUGCUGCCCGUCACCUGCCUCAGCGUCCUCUACGGCUGCAUUGGCCGCGAGCUGUGGCGGAGCAACACCCGCCUGCGGGGCCCCAGCUCGCUCCUCCGGGAGAAGGGGCACCGCCAGACUGUCAGGAUCUUGGCUGUGGUGGUUCUGGCCUUUGUAAUUUGCUGGUUGCCUUUCCACAUUGGCAGGAUCAUAUUUAUAAACACCCGGGACAUGAGGACGAUGCUGUUCUCCCAGUACUUUAAUAUAUUCGCCCUGCAGCUUUUCUACCUGAGCGCAUCCAUCAACCCUGUCCUCUACAACCUCGUUUCCAAGAAGUACAGGGCAGCAGCCUGCAAGCUGCUGCUGCCCCGCCGAGCUGCAGGAAGGGCUCUCACGGGAACAAAAGACGCUGGGGGCUACACAGAGACCAGCACAAGGCACGAGUACACCACCAGCUUCUGAGGCUGCAGCCCGCACUUCUUCAGGCAUUCCUGUCUAAGGAAGGGAGCUUCCUUCUCAUGGGAGAGUCGCAAAAGGAUGGACAUUUGUUAGGGCAUGUGGUGUUUCCUAACUGUCUGUGUUUUGGGAUACCUAUAUUUUUGGUAACAGAGCAAGCAGGCACCACGAAGUAUGGAGAAUGAAGUGCAACUCAUGAAAGACGAUAAGUCAAUAGGAAAAGCUGGAGUAACUUCCCAGUAAAACCACAGGUUUGCUUUAUUACAUAGUGUUCAUUGCACAUGUUCUGUGCCAUUUCUUGUAUUUUCUAAAAAUCAUAACACCAAGGUCUGUGUAGGAGCACUUCCUGGGAGCUGUAAUGGGUAAAAUUCCCAGACAGCCUUCACCAUUUUAAAAGAGUUUUCUUAUAAAUGAGAUUUUACAAAGCACAGUCUCACAAGGAGAUGGAUGCAAAAAAAAUCACCCACCAACCUUAACAGCCCUGGAAGAAGAGGCGUAUGCUUUUAGCACCUGGUCUUGUAAUCAUGAAGGGGACUUUCCUGGGCAGUUUCACUAAUUUCCCUUAGGAAAGCACCUGCUGCACACAGCAGUCUCUGGGCUUAACGCUAUUUGAUCCCACAGGAUCAAAUAAGGUCUUUUACUUAUAUAUUAACAACUUGUUGUAAAACUUGAGAUAUCCCAGAUCACUUCCCUUAGAAUAGAUGAGCAGUGUUUGGUAAUUGGUAGCGGUGUGUCUCCACAUUGUGUAUUGUGUGUGCAAAUAAUACACCAAGUUAACCCACCUUGCCACAAACAAGACCCAUCACUGAAUGUGCUGGACUAUGCCCAGGGCUCCAUACUGCAUAACACUGCACUGAAAGUCAAAAACCAACUCACUAAUUCUGCUCCAAAAGAUUUUAAUUGGAAACUUCAACUGUACAGCUUAUGAAGGAGGCUAGUUGUGAGGAAAAGCUAGAAGAAGCUGCAGCAGUGUUUUCUGUGGAGGAUCAUUGCCUCUGUACAUUUUACUUGUUACAUUAUUGACUCUAGUGGUGUAAAUGUGGACCAAAAUCACUGAUGUGGGACUGUGCUUAUAGGAGCGUCACUGAUGCUUGCCAUCACUGUCCAUGUUUGCCCUUAGUUCUCUGUUAACUUCUCCUUUCAGGCAGUCAUAGAGGGUGAUACUGUCCCCUCUGAGCCUCCUUUUGUAUAGGCUAAAUUCCCCCAUUUCCCUCAGCCACUCCUCAGUUGUGCUCCAGAGCCUUUACCAGCUCCACCACCCUUCUCUGGAC